AUGAGAACAAUUGAAUAUAUAUAUUCUAGAAUUGAAGAUGGACACGAUCAAGAGGAUUUUGAGGACGAUGAAAGGGAGGAUGAUGAAAGGAAAGGCGAUUAUAACAAAGAUAAUAACAAUGAUCAAAGCGAUAACAACAAUACUUCUCUUUUUCGUCUUUCCCAAAGUAUUCAUGAUCUUGAUUUAGGAUCAGACUUUAGCAACUUGCAAAUGGAAAAACUAGAACAAAAAUCAAUUCUAGGAACCAUACAAUAUAAGAAUAAGGAAUCGUAUUUCAAGAUUACAAAUAGAGAAUUUGAUAAUGUGUUUGUAAUGAAAUUGAUGCAAGAAAUUAGAGACCCUAAUAUUUGCAAUAUUUUCUAUUAUGGACCUGUAAAUAGCCAACUAAAUAUUACAGUUCAAGAAAAAUUAUUAAACUAUGAUGAGCUGAUAAAAAAGAUGCAAAGCAAUCAAGAAUAUCAAGGAAAUUCCAUAAUAAGAACCAUCAUACUGAAGACAUUGAUAGGUUGUUUACAUGCUCUUAAAUGCAUUCAUAAUAAGGGCAUUGUUCAUUGUGAUGUCAGUGUUCAUAAUAUUAUGUUUAGAAUGAAAACCAGUUGCGAUUUCGAUGCUGUUUUAAUAGAUUUCAAUAACUCGAAAUACUUGAAUUCCAAUCAACCAAGUAUAUUGAAUUACAAAGAUGAUUACACACCCCAAGAUCCGAAUAUCAGAUUCACGGUAAAACAUGAUAUAUUCGCUCUAUCUGUGGUUAUUAAAAAGUUAAUGGCCAACUACUCCAGUGUUUGUGAAGAGAUUUGUAGUGACAUUCAUUUUGAAGAAUACAACAUUAUUCCAAUCUCCAAUUGUAUGGAGAAAAUGAGUGCACUUAAGUAUUCAAGAGUUACUGAAGUAUUGGAUGACAUUGUCUCCAUGACCAUUUAA